AUGAACCUUCAUCCCAUUUGUCGACAUAUCUACACAUUUCAUCCAACCAACACAUUUGACAUGAAAUUAUGCAUGUUAAUAUUUCUUACUACCAUUCUUAAUUCAGUACCAUCUAGUUGUAAAAUAUUGUUGAAUUCCGGACUUGUUACCAGUCAGUGCUAUGAAGAUUCCCAAAAUAUGAACAAUCAAAUAGUGGAUUCUAAUCAACCCUUACGAGAAAAUUCCAAUUUGCCUCAAAUAACCAAUAACAUCCCACACAUCGACUUCAAAUUAUGUUCUUAUGUAUUCGGAACAUAUCUAUGUCAAGCGUUGUUUCUCAACGGAUUGUUCUUUCUACUAACCAAUUUAUCGCAGAAGAUGCAGAAGGAGUUGGGGAUUGACACAGCUUCUAUUUUAUCAGGAAGAAUGUCAGGAAUCGUGACUGUUACAGUCGGAAGUUAUGUAUCAUAUAAAUUGUCGGAGUUUUUGUUGGAUGUAAUUCUAUCGCUUUUCAAAGCACAUGGUGUAGCAAUUAAACUAAAGGGUAUAAUAAAUCCCUGCAAUACUAAACUCGCUUGUAUAAGAGUACCGCUGCUUGUUUUUUAUAAGUGCUCAAAAUAUUUACACAACCAAAUCCCACUAACCAUGGGUUCAUUGGACAUAUACGUAAAGAAUAAAAUACUGAAAAGAGAUAAGGAAGCGGACGAAGUCGAUGAAAAUGUAAAGAUUUUAGUGAAAUCAAAGAGAGAAACCAAAAAGAAACUCAUUAGAGAAUUUGCAGUGAUUUCUACAUAUAGUCUGGCAACUUUCGCACUUCUCGGAGGAAAGCUGCAUUCAUUCACGCCAAGUGAACUAUCGCAUCCAGGAGCAUACUCUGUCCCGAAAUUGUCAUUAGAGGCGGAUGGAUAUAGUUAUGCAACGAAAUCACAAAGAAAUAUAAUUCAAAUUCUAGGUAAAAAAUACGGAUGCCAUACAUGUGGUUUGAUUUCGGAUUCAGAAAGAUAUAUAGCGGAUCAUCAGCCUCCAUCAGGUGUAAUAAAAAGGAGACUCAAAGGGAAAUAUAUAUCGUUCCUACUGAGAAACUACAUUAUCCCUAUCCAGCUUGUUAAGCCAAAACAACAUUUUUAUCCUCAGUGUAACAAGUGUUCACUUAAACAAUCAAAGGCUGUAGCGAAUAACAAACGAGUGAGCAUUACACAUUAUGGAAGACUGAGAAAUUAUCAUUUAUGCCCUACUGCAUUUUUCGUGUCAAGGUUCCUUUCAAAACCAUGA